GGGGCGGGGGGGGGGAAUACUGUUCUCCACAGAAGACGUGCUGAAGCCAAAAUAAAACGAAUGUCAGUGAAGUUGUUAAGAUUUAUCACUAAAGAAAACAAACUAGUCGAAGAUGUCAUCAGGUUUAUCAACCAAAUAACACACUCACCCAACAUCAAGAAUUAAACGCAUUCUUUCAAAACUUAGUUUGGACGUAACCGCUGGAGAAAAAAAACGGCAAACGGAAAAGGUUUUAUGAGGAAACAACUGGUGUGGCUCACAUGCUAAAUAGCAGGAACGCCCCCGUUAGUGCUAGUGGUGGGCAUUUCUUGCAGCGUUCAAAUGUUAGGCUCUGUCUCUCAUUUGAACGAGGCGAGUGCCUUCCCCGCCGCCAGCAUCUUCAGCAGCAACGGCGGCAGCGGCUUUCUCGUCCACCCUCCUCAUCAAUAUGCGCUCAUGCUGAAUGCUCAAUGCUCCUCCACAGUCUGACCAGAGAACCAGUGUUGGACGGGGGAAACGAUGUCGGCUCAUAUUCUCGAAUUGAGCAGUUGACUCAAAGCGCGCGCGCCCCUCUUUCUCCAGCCGACUUUUCUCUUCUCAUGGAUAAUCAAUGGAUUUGACUGUGAUUUGAAAGAGUGUUGAUCGAGGAGAUUCUGGUAUUUCGCCACCACCGCCGCUGUUGCUGUCGUGUGUGCUUGCAAACAUGUUGACUUUGCGCAAGGCUCGCCAAUUACGCCUCUUGUCCGUACUGGUGGUCGGGUCCAUAGUGUGUUGCGCCAAAAGUGUCAACGAGCCCGGUAACAUGUCAUUCGUGAAGGAGACGGUGGAUAAACUCCUGAAAGGGUACGAUAUUCGACUGAGGCCAGACUUUGGAGGGGCACCAGUAGCAGUCGGGAUGAGCAUAGACGUGGCCAGCAUAGAUAUGGUGUCUGAAGUCAACAUGGACUACACCCUGACUAUGUAUUUCCAACAGUACUGGAGAGACAAACGUCUUGCCUAUGUUGGAAUACCGCUCAACCUGACCUUGGAUAAUAGAGUAGCAGACCAGCUCUGGGUACCAGACACUUAUUUCCUCAAUGACAAGAAGUCAUUUGUUCACGGCGUCACCGUCAAAAACCGCAUGAUCCGUCUUCAUCCAGAUGGAACCGUUCUUUACGGUCUCAGGAUAACUACGACAGCAGCAUGCAUGAUGGAUCUCAGGAGGUAUCCCCUGGAUGAGCAGAACUGCACUCUGGAGAUAGAGAGCUAUGGCUACACCACAGACGACAUCGAGUUCUACUGGAAAGGGGGCGAGUCAGCCGUCACGGGCGUGACGCGCAUUGAGCUGCCACAGUUUUCCAUUGUUGAUUACAAGUUGGUUUCCAGAAAUGUUGUGUUUUCCACAGGUGCCUACCCCCGGCUUUCUCUGAGCUUUAAACUGAAGAGGAACAUCGGCUAUUUCAUUCUGCAGACGUACAUGCCGUCCAUCCUGAUUACCAUCCUCUCCUGGGUAUCCUUCUGGAUUAACUACGACGCCUCGGCGGCCAGGGUGGCUCUAGGAAUCACCACGGUGCUGACCAUGACUACUAUCAACACCCACUUGAGAGAGACGCUGCCCAAAAUUCCCUACGUGAAGGCCAUCGACAUGUACCUGAUGGGCUGCUUCGUCAUGGUCUUCCUGGCCCUUCUGGAGUAUGCCUUUGUCAAUUACAUCUUCUUCGGAAGGGGGCCUCAGAUGCAAAAAAAGCUGGCGGAGAAGGCUGAGAAAGCCAACAAUGAGAGGGCCGCCAAGUAUGACGCUGCAAGGGAGGCAGGUAGUAGGGCUGCAUCGCUAAAACGGUCCAAUCAGAUUAGAGGCCUUCGCCACUCACGCUCGGCGGAUCCGGGACAUGGGAACAUUCUGCUGACCACCUUGGAAAUCCAUAAUGAAGUGGCAGGAGGGGAGAUCACCACCAGCGUGGCAGACAUCAGGAACUCUCAGUCCAUGGUGCAACUGGACAGCACGGCCUCAUCGCACAUCCAAUAUCGCAAGCAGAGCGGUGGAAUCGGUCCACGUUCCGCCAGUCGGCACUCGCUGGAUCGCUCCGCUCAGAUGAAACGCAGCCGCCUGAGAAGGCGAUCGUCGCAGCUCAAAAUCAAAAUCCCCGACCUGACCGACGUCAACGCCAUUGAUCGUUGGUCGCGGAUCAUCUUCCCCUCGGUUUUCUCCUUUUUUAAUCUUAUCUACUGGCUCUACUAUGUCUGAUUGGACACUUUUGCUCUUUGUCAUUUUCUUUCUUUCUUUCUCUCCCAUUUGGUUUGGUUGACUUCCUUUUUGUCUGUGCUUUUAUACAUGCAUUCAAUCUCUCAACAUCAGACUCGAGACUGAAAGACUGAGAAGGUUCUGGACCAAGUUCUUGUCAAAUAUCUUUUUCUAUUUGCCGUCUUUGAAUCUGUUUUCUUUUCUGUAGUAUGUACUGUAACUGGGACUUGUGGUAGUCAUUUCCCAUAAAAUAAGGAGACAAAAUGCCAGCAGUUGAUAACGUACAGUUUUUGCAAAAAAAUAUCUGAGUAAAACAAAUCACAAAAGCAGUAUUCUAAUCCAAAAAGAGAUCUUCAUACCACAUAGGUGAUCAGAAAAAUGCAGGAAAUUCCUAUAAAUCCAUUAAACACUCUGUUUGAUUGGUACCCUAUGCACUGUAAACACAUGUAAUGAUCUUCCAAUGUGGUCAACUUUUACCGACAAUUUCUACUUCAGGAUUCUCAUGACUCUCAGGCGUCCAGGUUUUUAUUGUUCUUGUCAUCAUUUUUGGCCGUGGAGAGGGACGACACAACAGCACAAAAAUGAACAACACUGCCAUUUUAUUUUCAGUAGACUUUUUAAUGGCUCCUGAGCAAAAGCAAAACCUAAUUUUUAUUCCAACUGAUCAAACUGCCAAAGGGUUUCCGGGAUGCAUCUUUACCCACCCAGCUUUGUUUCACAGUUAGACUAUCCAAGGAAAAUGUUAAGCACGACAUUUUUCUGAUUCAGAAGGUUUACAGGUAACCUUCAUGAAUGUACUGUAUGUGUUUUUUACUCGUUUCAGUGAGAUUUUUUUUUUUUUUUUUAAGGUAUCCAACAAAUUGCUCUUCCGUCAUAUCUUGGGUUACGAUUGUACUCUUUGUCUUUGAAGUGUUCAUUUAAUUUCCCACCUUGUCUUGUUGCGAAGUGAAACACCGGAGAAGUUCUGUGUAUAUUUAAAAAUGUAUAUAUAAAAAAUAUAUAUAAGGUGUGCACAACCUUACAUGAAAAAAAAAAGAUGAUCAAAUAAGCAUUGAGUUUGUGAUUGUUAUGCUGGCAAAUGCCAGUCUAUUUAACUCCCCAAAAGAAAAGAAAAGAAACAAAAAAGCAUCCAUCUAUUUUCUUCUCCAAAACGUGACCAUGCCGAAGUUCCAGUUGAAGCAAAUGGAUUUCAAUGGACUCCCACAGUCGGACCACGCAAGCCGUCUGAUGAGCAUAUGCUAGCGUUGAAUGUAUCAGAUCCAUUGUUCUUCAGGUAGAGGAGAAUGAGCCAUGGUCAUAGUUUCCUUCCGUCUGAAUGUAACCCCUAUAUUGCACGUGAGCAGGGUGUGAGGGAGCAUGUACACAUGCAGGACGGACAGGUUGAGAGCGGCUAUUGAAAUGUACUGACUCGAUUGCUGCAUGUCGAACCGGAUUGUGGCUUGAAAUAAUCAGCCACUUCCAACUCAUGAAUGAUCAAUCUGAAACAUUCUGUCUUUUUCAUGACCACGGGUACCCCCGACCGUCACUCUCGCAUAGCUUUGUGCAUGAACAUGUAUGAAAUAGGACUACUAAGAGAUAUUUAAGAGUACAACUUUUAACUUGCGACGGUCUUAAAAUAACUGAAUGUAAUGUACUUGGAUUGUUGCUGUCUGGCUGCAAUUAUUUUGAGAUCAAAUAUUUCCGGUGGUGGAGGGGGUGAUGCAAUCCCCCAGCUGAUCCUGUUUUCUACUGUGUAGAUGAGGCUUCACGUCAAUGUGAGGUGGUUUUAAGGAAUCCUCAAGUUCCAGAUAAAUAAAAAAAAAAAAGAAUAUUUGUAUGUCUAUCGUAUAAAACAGUGAAUGAAGGCUCAUACUCUAGGGUCAUUUUUUUAAGUUUAAAAAAGUUAAAAAAAAGGAUGGAAAAAAACACCCAAAAGCAAACAAACUGCUGACACUUAAGUUAUCUAAGUUAUUGUGUACUGUGCAUGCAACAACACAUUUGGAGAAACCUUUAGAAAGGGAGAGAAAAAUUGAGGCUGAGGUGGGUUCAGCCCCAUGAGAUCUAACGACGGCUCUCUCUUGAGAUUGACACUCUAUGCUUUGUAGGUGACUUGGAAAGAAAGA